AAAAUCAUCCUGCAUUUAUAGCAAGCAUUUUAUCCGCGAUAGGAUUUGUAGUUCCUUCUAAUAUUGUAAUUCAAAACUCUUUUUCUUCACACCUUUCCAGUUAUGGAAGAUACUGUCAUUUAUCUAAAACAUCAUUUUUUGAUAUAUUAACUUCUAAUAUUCGGAAUCAUUGGAUUAGUUUUCAGACUAGUUUUGAAGAUUUUCAAGAAAGUCGCCCUUUUUUUCGAGAUUUCAUUAUAAACCCAAUUUUCAAUUUGGAAUAUGUAGGUAAUAGUUCAACAAUACUUGCAAUUCCUCUACCAUGCUUCGUUUCUUAUCCAAAAGAUUAUAAACUUCGGAAUGAACUAUUGUUACCUAGUCAAAAUUCGUUUACAC